GGCGGCCUGUACGAAGGGUGUCCCGGGAAGGUCUGGGGGCGGUGCUCAGCCAGGGGCGGAGGAGGAGGGCUCAGCGGGUGGGGUAGGGACAGCGCUCCGGGAGGAGACGGAGGCGGAGCCCCGGGGCGGGGCGCGGGCGGACCAGGAGGCGGCGCUCCGACCGGGACGCGCGGGCCGGGUAUGGCGUCGAUGGCGGCGGCGAUCGCGGCCUCGCGUUCGGCCGUCAUGAGCGGGAACCGGCCGCUGGACGACCGGGAGCGGAAGCGCUUCACCUACUUCUCAUCGCUGAGCCCCAUGGCCAGGAAGAUCAUGCAGGACAAGGAGAAGAUCCGGGAGAAGUACGGGCCCGAGUGGGCGCGGCUGCCGCCCGCGCAGCAGGACGAAAUUAUCGACCGCUGCCUGGUGGGGCCGCGCGCCCCGGCGGCCGCCGCCGACGCGGGGGACGUGCGGGACCCGGCUCGCUUCCCUGGCCUGCGCGGGCCCACGGGCCAGAAGCUGGUGCGCUUCGGCGACGAGGACAUAACUUGGCAAGAUGAACACUCGGCCCCAUUCUCCUGGGAGACGAGGAGUCAGAUGGAAUUCAGCAUCUCCUCCUUAUCCAUCCAGGAGCCCAGCGCUGCCACUGUGACCAGUGAUGCCAGGUCCCUGGCCAAGGCUCCUCAGGGCACACAGGGUUCCAAACCUGCCCAGAGCAGCAGAUCCUCUAGCUUGGAUGCCCUGGGACCGUCUCGAAAAGAGGAAGAAGCAUCCUUCUGGAAGAUCAAUGCGGAGCGCUCCAGGGAGGGGCCUGAGGCUGAGUUCCAGUCCCUGACACCCAGCCAGAUCAAGUCCAUGGAGAAGGGGGAAAAGGUUCUGCCAGCUUGCUACCGCCAAGAGCCCACCACGAAAGACAGGGAGGCCAAGCCUGUGCCACAGGAACAGCAAACCCUCCCCAGUGUGAGCGCAGAGCAAGAGGUGCCCCAGCCGGUGCAAGCCCCUGCCAGCUUGCUGCUCAAGGCUACCCCCACGGAGUCCCCAGAGAAGCCACCGCCUCCUGCCGUCCAGCAGGACGAAGAUGAUGAUGCUCUGUUCUCAGAGUCUGCACUUGCUCAGAUCAGCUCCAGUAAUGUCCUCUUGAAGACAGGCUUUGAUUUUCUGGACAACUGGUAAAUGGUGCUACCCAGAAACACAGCCAGGAGCCCGUCCCGCGUGGCCCACCGUGGUGUUCAGAGGAGAAGGCAGCACUGCCUGCGUAUUUUCCUGUUUUCUCUACUCCUUUCUUAGUCUUUUUGGAAACUAGGAAAUGUUGCCAGGUUUUCCCUGUUUUGGGUAAAACCGAAUAGAUAAAUAUGCUAUUUUCAAUGAUUUGAUAACAAGUUUUACACUUGGGAUUUUUAAACACUAGGAACCCAGUAAGCCUUGUAAAUGAAACUCCUGUUCCCAGCUCCAUCCCACCUUCCCUCCAGCGAGGUUCCCUGACCAAGUCACAAAAGGUCGCCAAAGUGACUCUUUCUCGUCACUCCCCGUUGAGGGCUCCCUGGGUGGAUAUGGGCUGUUGGCUGUCACUGUGGAAGACUCGUCCUUAAAAAGUGUGCUCACCCGGUACCCUUCCUUCAUGGAAGCCAGGUUAAGCAUUACGCAUCCUUUCCCUCCCAAAUGCAUAGGAAGCAGACUGCGGGCGGGUGGCAGGUGCCCUCUGAGCCGUCCUGGUGACUUACCCAGAGCUCUGGUCGCCCUUCAAAAGCAGCUAGCUGCCUGUUGUAUCCAGUUCCUGUUGUUGUAUAUAGAGCUGCAUCGCGUUCCUUGGCUCUGUAGGAGAUUCCUUUGGGAAGUUAUUAAGACCGUCCCGCUAGCGUCCCAGUCCUGACCACUGUAGGAGACGGGGUGUUGACAGCUGUGCUAGACAUCAGGGCUCUUCUGAUUCACUGAGGUAGAACCUCCCAGGCUUGAGCAUCCUUCACCCCAGUCUGGUCUGGCUGUAUCGUGCAGGACACGCCCCCAGACCUGACCGCAUUCCUGGCGGUUCCCGGAAGCUUCCCCUUGCAGCCCCAAGAGCUCACAGCAACAAGGCUGGGUGAGGAGUGUGUGCCUCACCCAGAGUUUGAUGCCCUCUGUCCUCACUGCCCUGCCAUGGCCUCUGGACCCUCCAUGCACCUACAGGAUGCCAAGCAAAUCUGUGAGCUCGGGGUGGCGUGGUCUACCCUUUGCUAUCACUCCGUUCUCCUCACCCGAAGCCUUAAUCUCCACGAGCACUCCUCCGAGAGCCUGGUUUCAGUACUGCAAGCUGUAGCCUCCUUAAUGUCUGAAGUAGCCUCUGGAAUAUUCUAUGUAGCUCCAAGGUAAAGCAUGUGGCAACCCCACCCUCACCCUGGCCAUUCUCCCUUCCUCUAGGAAGACAUGCCAAAGCUGUAUACUUAGCCAAUAGUGAUGUGAUACCUGCCAAUUAGCUUGUGUCCCAAACCUCCCUCAGUCCCAGUACCUGGUGGUGCUGGGGUUUGCCUUCCUCUAGCAAAUUUUGAUGGAGUCAUCUUUCCGCACUGUUUGUAGGGGAGUUGAUAUAGAGGAAGAAUUGAAGCCUGUGCAACAAUGUUUUCCCUCCCCAUGGGUCAACGCUCCAUAGCAUUGGUGUAGCAGGAGUAUGAGCUGAGUAUAGGCAGCCUCUGUGACUGGUCCCAUGGGUGACUCUUGCAGUGGUGUGUCCCAAGGAAUCCUCUGAAGAGCAGGUGGGAAGUCGCAGAUGGGGAGUCUAGGAGGGAUCCUAUAGGACCCGCCUGACCUGGGAAUUGUCCUUGUGCCUGGGUGGAGUCCAUUCCACACUGGUUUCUUGGUCUCCCCCAGGGAACUUGUGUCAUUGACCAGGAAAUCAGAACUGUAUCUAUCAUUUUCCCUUCCUCCAUACAUCAUGAUGAAGUAUGUUCAUUAUUCUUCUCUGAAGCACAUUCUUUGGCUGCAGCCGCUGUAUGAUGCUGGGCUCUGCCACAUGCCCGGGCUCAGCACCUCUGGGAGGCAGCUCCAGGGCUCUACGUCCUGCUCUUGGUGGCUGUGUCCAACAGAAGCUCUCAGGAACCCAGGCUCUGCGUGUCUGGUUUGUCCCUGAAUCCCAGCCCUCUGGGUUGGAUCGGAUCCUGUCAGGAGCAGUGGAGUCGGCCUCCUGGCCAGGUGCGCUCCUCCUUGGGCCAGUGUGGGAGUGGCCUUCCAUCCUUCACUCCGCCCUCUCCUUUGACACCUACUUUCGAAAUGGUAAAUUCUUACUGACAGCUUGUAAUUUGGUCCCAUUUUAUACUCUAGCCUUUAAUAAAGCCAUUUUAAAAAUGAGA